CGGCUUCAGCAGAUGUGACUGAGCAUGUUCCGGUCUCUCCAGCCUGCUCAGUAACAGCAAAGUAGCAAAUCGUGAUGGGAAGCGGAUUCUGUGAUCCCACGCGAGGGUGGCGAGCUCUGCGCUGUCUCCUCCUCCUCUGAAUAGCAGCCAGCUCAUCUCCUCUGCUUCUCCCCGCACCACCCGGCCGGGAAGGGGAGAGAGGGGACCCCAUGGCAGCCCCCAGGCCUGGGAGAGGGACAUGAAGAGCCCCAGGGGCUGCCGGAGGAGCAGAGCAACAAGAACGCUGGGAAGACAAAGAUUUGAACUGGAGAGACUGGCCCUGGGCUUAAGGGGGAAGCCUGUGUAUUAAGAACUGAAAUCUACCUACAGCAUCCAGUGUGACUAAAAUAAGCAAUCAGCAAAACAUUGGUCAGUCCAGCAGCCAUGGCCUCAAGAACUUCAGCAGGGAGAGUGCAAGAUGAAGCCAUAUGUCCUAUCUGCCUGGAGUACCUGACGGAGCCUGUGACUCUAGACUGUGGGCACAACUUCUGCCUCGCCUGCAUCACUAAGCACAGUGAGACAUGUACAGAGGGGGACUAUGACCCUUUGUGCUGCCCCAGCUGCAGAGCUCAGAUCCGGAGACAGAAUUUCCAGCUGAACUGGCAGCUGGCAAAUAGAGUAGAGCAAGUUAAACACUUGCAUGUUGAAGCAGAGAGAGAACAGAAAGUGAAUCUGUGCGCAAGACACAAGGAAGAGCUGAAGUUGUUCUGUGAGGAUGACAGAGAAGCCAUUUGUGUGAUCUGCAGAGAGUCCAAGGAACACAGAGCUCACACUGUGGUUCCCAUAGAGGAUUCUGCCCAGGAGGACAAGGAGGACAGCAGCAUCUUGAGCAGGCAUGUGGAGGCGAAGCUUCAGCACCAAGUGGAGAUUUCUGCUGAACUGUCUGAGAGCCUCAAUACUUAUAACCAAAGUGAUGCUCUAAUGGAGACUCAGGGGGAAUUCAAAGACAAUCUGACAACUGAAUUAGAGAAAAAAAUAUUUCAAUCUAUGGGACCAGAUGAGAAAGUGAAUGUGACUCUGGAUCCAGACACGGCUCAUCCCCGACUCGUCCUCUCUGAGGAUCAGAAAAGCGUGAGAUGGGGAUUCACACGGCAGAAUCUGCCCAACAAUCUGGAGAGAUUUGACAAUGAUCCCUUUGUGCUGGGUUGUGAGGGAUUCACCUCGGGGAGACAUUGUUGGGAGGUGGAGGUGGGGGAAGCAAGAAGCUGGGUUUUGGGGGUUGCCAGAGAGUCUGUGAGCAGGAAGGGAAGGAUCAGUGUUAGUCCUGAGCAGGGCUUCUGGGCUUUGCGGCGGAGCGGGGCAGGGUGGUUGGUGGCUUACACUUCCCCUGAGGGGACCCACCUCCCUUUUGCUGAUAAACCCAGGAGGAUCCGGGUCUCUCUGGACUACGAACGGGGGCAGGUGACAUUUUUUGAUGUUGAUAAUGAGGCCUUGAUCUUCACUUUCCCACCGGCCUCUUUCUCUGGGGACAAAAUCCGCCCUUUCUUCUCAGUUGGGGAAAGAGGAAUAUACACAUCUUUCUCAUACCUGUGUGGGCCAUCCCAUAUCACAGUGUGUCCCUGAGACAUGGGGGAAAAUACCCCAAUGACUCUCAAGAAUGUCACGAGGUGGAGGACUCUAGCAGUCUUCAAUGGCAGAAAAUGAGAGAGGUGGAGUCCACGGAGAGAAGGUGCUGUGGGGAGUGUGAAGGUGGAGUGUGGAGAGGGGCAAACCGAUAGAGAAGAUGUUUGGGAGUGGAGAGGUGAAGCUGGCUAAGGAGAUAGGAGGGGAGGGUCAGUUACCCUGCAGAACAAAAUACACAAACCUUAACAUGCAUUGGAGAAGGGGAAACCAAUAUGGAAUAAAUGUAAUUCUCUUGCAAAAAGGAAUGGAAAAUGUUUUAAAGAAGAAAUUAGGAAAGAAAAUCCUUCUUUGAGCCAAUUUUAUCUUCACUGUACUUUGCUUUGUCUAUAUCAUUUCAACAGAUCUUAAUGUUAAAAUAAGUUCUGGCAGUUCAGUUAACACUCUGCCUUUUAGUAGCUGGCAUGUCUGGCUCUGACUGUCACCCACCUCCAUUCAGCAUGGUGCUCUGUCCACUUCUAGCAGUAGCGGGAGAGAUUGAUGAUCCUGCUACAGCCUUAGCUAACAGAGCUGGAUCUCAUAGCUCAGGCAGUGGUGGCUCAUGCUUUAAGAUCCAGAGAGCACCACUUCCAGCUAACAAUAACUCCCCCGCCACCCCCAGCAAGGCAUGGCAUAAUAUAAACAUAGUGGGCCAAAUUCAGCCAUUGUGAUCAACCUCUUCAGCAUCAUUGCUGCUGGCAAUUGGGGGCACUGGGAGGGGAAUUUGAAUCAAGAUUAAAAAAAAAUACAAAAAUUCUGGUUUGCUGCAGAGCGCAUCUUUUGUGACCAGUAUGAGAAAAAGAAGCAUGUUCACUUUUUGUCCAAAUGAACUUGAACUUCAAAUAAAAACAAACAUUUGAAAGUC